GGUCGGCCGAUCCAACGCCCCAUGUUGCGCUCUUCAACCCACUACUCUCCCCCACACAUCUCUCUGCCCUCAAAAAAUCUCCGCCUCUGUAAAUCUUUCUCUCUCUAUCUCUAGAUGUAUAUACACAUAAAUUCUUGAAUCGCGUGCUUUCAAUUUAAUUUAAUUUAAUUUUUGCCCCAACUUUUUUGUCCCAAAAAUGGCUGCCGCGAUAGACACGACCAUAAUCUACAGACGAAUUUCGACGUUUAGAUACCACAAUUCCAAUUACCUACACAAUUACAGCUCAAUCACCACUCGGUAUCGAGCUUUCACCUCGAAAUCGAGCCGCCUCCACCACGAUACGACGUCGUCGCCUUUCCUUCUGCAGCCGCAGCCUAGGGUUUCCAAGCUGCAAGGGUAUUUUCUACGGAAUCAUAAGUUUACCAAAAUCUACGCCAACAGCCCACGCGAGCACGACACUGAUUCGGCUGAGAAGCCCGAGGCGGGGACUACGGGGCCGGAGAGCCCGAAGAAGCCUGCUACGGGCUCAGGCCGGAGGGAGAAGCAGGGGAAGAAUAAUUGGUGGGGGAAUAAUGGUAAUAAAUGGAAGUGGCAGCCGAUAAUUCAGGCUCAGGAGAUGGGGGUUUUGCUCAUUCAAUUGGGGAUUGUGAUGUUUGUGAUGAGAUUGCUGAGGCCUGGGAUUCCGCUACCGGGUUCGGAGCCGAGGACGCCUACCACGUUUGUUAAUGUUCCGUACAGUGAGUUUCUGAGUAAGAUAAAUGGGAAUCAGGUGCAGAAGGUGGAGGUUGAUGGUGUGCACAUCAUGUUUAAGUUGAAGAUGGAGAGUGGGGCUGCGGAGAGUGGGGUUGCUGAGGUGAAUAGUAAGUUUCAGGACUCUGAUUCUUUGUUGAAGUCUGUGACUCCCACGAAGAGAGUAGUGUACACCACCACGAGGCCGGUUGACAUCAAGACGCCGUAUGAGAAGAUGUUAGAGAAUGAUGUGGAGUUUGGAUCUCCGGAUAAGAGGUCUGGUGGAUUCUUGAAUUCUGCAUUGAUAGCUUUAUUCUAUGUCGCAGUGCUAGCAGGGCUUCUUCAUCGGUUCCCUGUAAGCUUUUCUCAGCAUACACCAGGGCAGCUUAGGAACCGAAAAUCUGGAAAUUCAGGGGGAGCCAAAGUUUCUGAACAAGGUGAAACUGUUACAUUUGCUGAUGUUGCUGGUGUUGAUGAGGCAAAGGAGGAGCUGGAAGAGAUUGUGGAAUUUCUCAGGAAUCCAGAUAAGUAUAUAAAACUUGGUGCACGCCCUCCUAGAGGUGUUCUCUUGGUUGGUCUACCAGGAACAGGUAAAACACUUUUAGCAAAAGCUGUUGCUGGGGAGGCUGAUGUCCCUUUCAUCAGCUGUUCUGCAAGUGAAUUUGUAGAGCUGUAUGUUGGUAUGGGGGCAUCUCGUGUAAGAGAUCUUUUUGCUAGGGCAAAGAAGGAGGCUCCAUCCAUAAUAUUCAUAGAUGAGAUAGAUGCUGUAGCCAAGAGCCGUGACGGUAGAUUCCGUAUUGUGAGUAACGAUGAGCGGGAGCAGACCUUAAAUCAGCUUCUCACUGAAAUGGAUGGAUUUGAUAGUAAUUCAGCAGUGAUUGUACUCGGAGCAACUAAUAGAGCAGAUGUUCUAGAUCCUGCACUUCGUCGGCCCGGCAGAUUUGAUCGAGUUGUUACGGUUGAAACACCUGAUCGGGCUGGAAGAGAAGCUAUCUUGGAUGUCCAUGUUUCUAAGAAAGAACUUCCUCUGGGAAAAGAUGUUAAUCUUGCUGAUAUUGCUUCAAUGACCACGGGAUUUACUGGGGCAGAUCUUGCAAAUUUAGUAAAUGAAGCUGCUUUAUUGGCUGGAAGGAGUGAUAAAUCCGUGGUUGAAAAAAAUGAUUUCAUCCAAGCGGUUGAGCGAUCGAUAGCGGGUAUUGAAAAGAAGACAACCAAGUUGCAGGGCAGUGAGAAAGCCGUUGUUGCACGCCAUGAAGCCGGUCAUGCAGUGGUCGGAACCGCUGUUGCAAAUCUUCUUUCUGGACAACCUCGGGUUGAGAAGCUGAGCAUAUUGCCAAGAUCCGGAGGUGCCCUGGGGUUUACAUACACCCCUCCAACCACUGAAGAUAGGUAUUUGCUCUUCAUCGAUGAGCUGCGGGGGAGACUUGUUACUCUAUUUGGCGGACGUGCAGCAGAAGAGUUUAUUUACUCUGGGCGUGUAUCAACCGGUGCACUUGAUGACAUUCGACGAGCAACCGAUAUGGCAUAUAAGGCGGUGGCCGAGUAUGGCCUCAACGAAACUGUAGGCCCCGUCUCAUUGGCAACUCUUUCUGGUGGCGGAAUGGAUGACUCUGGCGGAUCACCGUGGGGAAGGGAACAAGGCCCCCUUGUUGAUCUUGUUCAAAGAGAGGUUACAGCCUUACUGCAAUCAGCACUUGACGUGGCACUCUCCGUUGUUCGUGCAAAUCCUACAAUCUUGGAGGGUCUGGGCGCCCACCUCGAAGAAAAUGAGAAAGUAGAAGGCGAAGAGCUGCAAGAAUGGUUGAAAAUGGUGGUUGCCCCUGCUGAGCUCACAUUCUUCAUCAGAGGAAAACAGAGGUCUCUUCUCCCACUGCAAUCGGGUUCUUGAUGAUGAACAAUGACAUCCACUCCCGUACAUUUUCGCGGUGUUUUGAAAAGCCAAAAUGCUCGAAUGGAGGAGGCGAAAGACAGGUAGCAGAACUUGGUGGUCGACGCUCUACUUUCGCGGCUCUGUAUAGCUAUAACAUCUGAUAUAGCUAAUUUGUACAGUCUUACUGGAAAAUACAUGUUUGAAGGAUGGCCAUUGAUACAGAAAGACUCGUACUAUUAAAGGAAAAUUGCCUCUUUAACUUUAUUGAUGCACAAAGUGGCAGUUUGUUAUGCAAAUUGGCUAACUUGCAUUCUAUACUAGUAUCUUUUGUAUA